UUGAUGUUAGUGAGCGGAGUCUCUCGAGUGUGAUUCUGUAACUGUGGAAAGUUACGUAGAGACGCGACGUGUCCAUGGCAACAAACUUUUAUUAGCCGCUGUUUUGGACUAGCAACACCCAGCAGCCAAACUUUAUUUGCUGUCUGGAGCGCUACAGCAUGGAGAACGGCACAAAGUUGAAUGUUUUAGCGCCUUUGCGUCUUUUCCGCGGUUAUUCAUCUGUAAAAAGUGUCCAGCGAGUUUAGACGGUGUUAAUAUGUCGGUGUCCGUCAAGUGCAGCCCGUGUCCUCCGGACGGAGCGAAACCCGACAGCCGCAGGACGAAGCGACCGAGCGCUGCUGUCAAUAACAUGGUGGCAGAGCUUCCUGAGGUGAACGAGAGGACACCUGUAAAAGACAGAGGCAGCCCGCAAGUGCAAGAUGAUUUAAUUCCAGACGAGCUCCUUGCGACUUUAACAUCCACCGCAUGUCCUCAAAACAGACUCGGACCCCUCAGAUUAACCAAAACUCCUAAGGACUUUAAGGUUUGUUUAAUACACCGCCCUGAUGCAGUGUGGCACCAUCCGGUUAGACGCAAGAAAUACCAAUACUUUCUCAACCAGCCAACCUCUCUGACUGGAGCUGGAAGAGACGUAUCCUUCCUCUGUGAUGCUCGAUUGCCUCUCCCAUCAACGGCUGAACGAAGCUCCUCUCAGGGAGAUCAAAAUGAUGUGAAUUCACUGGAAACAUUAAUCCCAGAAGAAUAUCACAUCAUAAAAAACAAAGGUCUUAAGGGACUGCAGUGCUAUGAUGACAAAUUCACGGUUCUCCUAGAAGAUGACAAACAGAAGCUAAGAGUCUUUCCAUCAAUGAAACCAAGUGGUCGUCUUGAGGUGAUACAGUUAAUGAAGGUGAUGGACAAAAUGUUGGAAAAAGCAGGUGUCAACCAAGAGUUUCAAGAGCUAUCCGAACUCUCACAGAUUGAAAAUUUACUGGAGCUGGUUCGAAUCGAGCAGAACAUCUACAACAUUGUAUUCCACGAGCUAAUCCGCCAAGUCAGCGUCGAAUGUGCCGAGAGGGGACAGCUCCUUGCCAAGAUCAGGGAGAGGUACGUGGCUCUACUUGACCGAAUCCCAAGGCAGGUGAAAGGUCUGCACACAGAAACCUUAGCGCAGAAGGCUCUAGACCGCCGGCUCACUGAAGAGAUCAUUCACUUCAAAAGCUCUAUUGCAAAGCUUAAUAUGGAACUGAGUGCAAUGAAAGAACAUGAUGAGAAUGUGUCCAAAGAGGCAGGGGAAGCCAAAGAGGAGCUCGCUAAAGCCCUGGAGGAGUCACAACGCAAUGCAAAUAUUGUAGCAGAGUACCAUGAGCUUUAUGAGCUGCAGCGAAGGAGACUUGAAGGACAGAUGUCUCAGCUAUAUGAUGAAAAGGACCUCUGGAGAAAAGCCACCUACAGUCUUGCGGUCAAGGUGACUUCUGACAUGUUAGAUGAGCACAAUUCACUUUUGACUUUUAUUUUACAAGAAUUCAUAAUGUUUGAGUCUAAAUAUUUCAAAUAUUUCUCUCAGAUAAUAAAGAUAAAUAAACUUCAUCUGGUCAGACGGCUAAAUAUUAGUGAGCAGACCUGGGCCAAGACUGCAGAUCAUUUCACAGUUUUCCUAACAGCAAAGGACUCUGAGGAUGUUUCUCACAUCAUGGAGUUGACUGACCAGUGGAAAGACAAACUGACCAUCUUCAUGGAGAACCUCAGAGAGGCCGAAAGCAAACAACGCAAGACCAUUGAAUCUGUCCGUGCUGAUGUUGUCAAGUGGCACAAGUUUUAUUCAGACAAAUCAAGGAACCCUAAUAAGAACCUUGACAAGUCUUCAGAAGAGGAGCUGUCUCAAGACCUGAAGCAAUGGUCAAAGAUGUUGACACAGCAGUGUGAGCGUUAUGGAGGAGAGGACCUAGUGUCUGGUCAAGAAACACUUGAAAUGCUAACAAACCUACAAGAGUCCUGGAUUGAGGUUUGCCUCCAGCUCUUUAGGAGACACCCUGGUCCAGAUGGAGGGCCACCUAAAGGUCAGGUGGCCAUGAGGGAGCUAGCAAAGACUAUUACUGAGCUCCAGAACGAACUGGGAAUCCGUAUUAGUGGAGAAAGUGGGAUCCAUGCAACGCUAAUGUUGCUUAUUGAAAAUAUGGAGUUCUGGUCAAGAAGAUUGAUGUCCUUGAAUGGACUUUCGGAGGAGCAGUCUUUGGGUGACUGGCUCAAGUUGGAGGAAGCUCUUGGCAACUUGAUGAAUCUGUCUAAGGAGGCUUUCCGACUAGUGGACAGCACUCAGUCAGAACGGGACAGGGCUAAAAAGAAACCCCACACCAAGAUUGAAAUGGAGGAUGUCCUAAAGGCAAUGAAGGAAUUCCGGUUCUCUCAAGAAAACUUUUUCAACUGUGAAAAUAUGAGGCUUCAUGAGGAGGUAACUUCUGUUCACACCAAGUUGAUUCGGUGGAUGGUGGACCUUCUUCUACUGAUGGUGCCGGUCCAGGAACCGAAUAUUCCAAUGCCUGAAUUCGAUGCCACAGUGGACGUGUCUGUUGAGAAGCUGGAGGAGGAUGCCAAGAACCUCUCUGGGAAACUCGACUACUUCUCCAAGUACAUCACAAGCUCUUGUCAGGCUAUUGUGGAGGAGGCGGUCCGGAAGAGCUCAUCUCAGGAUGACACAGAGAAUGAGCUCUACCAUCUUGCUAAGCUUCAGAAAGAAGGUGGCGAGUGGGUGGAGGCAUGUCGAAUACUACUGUCAGAUGUGAAGGGAAGCCCUAUGGAGAUGCAGCUGUCUGGAAAAACUGUGCCACAGUCUCUCGAGCGACAACCAGAGGAACCUACCAGAGAAGAUGACAAGGAACCUUUGAAAAAUACCACUGGGCCUUAUUCUUUCCAAAGUGCUGAUGAAUAUGGGGAAGCAAAGGCCAGCAGAGAUGACAAAAAUGGCUCAGUCAUGAAGUUAGUUGGUCAUGAUGGCAAUAUCACUGAGAAGAACUUAGGAGAGGACACCGUCCAACUUACAGGGACUGAAGAACUUGUGGUGUCUCCUCACACUGAAAAUGCCAAGGAAGCCUUCAGUGAAUUAGAAACAGUGAGAUCUCUUCAGCAAGAGCUUCUAGAUGUAGAGACACGAGCUAUCAGUGCGGAGGUACGAGCGCUAAAGGCAGAGGAAGACCUGCAGGCAGCUCUGGACAAGAUACAAGAUCUAGAGAGGCAGCUACAGGCUCGGCCAAGUGUGGAGACCAAGUCAAGCAAGAAGAAUGUUGCACCCACAUCCAAGGCCCCCAGCACCCCUUCUGAUUCUAAAACGAAAAGUCAGAAACCUGAAGCCAGCCCAAAACUGUCGAGAGGCACCAAGAAACGCUAAAUGGAAAUAUACACCAUACUGGAGCUCAUGU